AUGGCGAAGGAACGUACCGGUAUCAUUGUCGGCUUGAACAAGGGUCACCUCGCUGUCGACGGUUUUAUGGGGCGACUCGGAUCGGUGGAUGAACGACAAAUGGCUUGGGAUGGAUACAUGAAAGGAAUGAAGAUUUUUACCGGCGAACUGGGAAUACCAGUAGACGUCCAUACGUUCGACCGGUCGCCCAAAAUGCCGAAUUACGAGUCUACGCAUAUGCUAUUGGAUUCCAAGAAGAUCAAAACCACCCCUAUCGAGACCAAGGCCCGUAUCAGCCGCAGCAAGGGCCGUCUUUCCCGCCGUACUGCCUUUGUCCGUGAUAUCGUCAAGGAGGUCGCCGGUCUUGCUCCCUACGAGCGCCGCGUUGUCGAAUUGUUGAGGAACUCCCAGGACAAGCGUGCCAGGAAGCUCGCCAAGAAGAGACUCGGCACCAUUGGCCGCGCCAAGGCCAAGGUCGACGAAAUGCAGAAGGUCAUCGCUGAAGCCAGACGGGCCGGUCACUAA